AUGAGCCAGAACAGCUUUAUUAAGCAGUAUCUGGCAAAACAACAGGAGCUCCUGAGACAGCGAUUGGAGAGAGAAGCCCGUGAAGCAUAUGAAGUAAAUGAUCAAGAUGACCACAAUGAUGUAAACAACAGCGCCUGUUCUCAACAAGGGCAGGAUGCCCCACCUGCUGUGACUGAUCACUUCAAACCACCGGGCCCCUCUAGUGGACAAGCAGGGUCAGAGGGCUUGAGUCACAGGCGACGGGAGGCUGCCGUGUCGCGCCCACCCACUUCUGGAUCUGUGGCUCAAGAACAAAAUGAUGAUGCAGGGGACAGUGAUGAAGACGACAGUGAAGACGGAGAGGAUGAUGCUGAUGAUGAUGACGAUGAUGACUGGGACAGUAAAAAUCAGGGAAGACUCCCCAGACAACCAGUGAGAGCACCCAUGGUCAGGGAGAGAUCUGCAGCCUCUUGCCAGCCUCAGCAGCAACAUAUUCCUUCACUUUUAUCUCCUCAGCUCCGCCAGCCAACACCUCCACCAUCUCCACCACCAGAGUUAUCCUUUCCUUUACCUGACACUCCGAAGCAGAGUCCACCUAGUCCAGAUGAAGCUGCAGGUGGGCGUUCUCCCUCUUCCUCCAGCUCUGGUUCAUCAAGCAGUGGCAGCCGCAGCAGCAGCCCUGAACCUCAUGACGGGCAUGCAGAGCGCAAGCCUGGGCCAUUGACUCUUCUGGCACGAAAAAUGGAGUCUGAAGGUGCCUUUUCUGGAGCUGAAUGGCGCAGCCAUGAAAAGAACAGACAGGACAACUGCUCUUCUUCAGUAUCAUUUCCCAAUCAAGUUUGUCCUGAGGGUCUAGUGUCCUCUGUCCUUCAAAGCCAUGCUCAAGGACCUCUAAGUGUUUUAAAAGUAACGACUGAGAGCGAUGCUGAAUUACAAAGAGAAAGAGCUCCUGGACUUCAAAGAAAACAACAACGAAAACUUGAGCAAGAAAGGGCUAUAGAGGAGGAACGGGUAAGAGCAGAACACCAGAAAGCUUUGGAGAAAGAACAGUUUGAACGAGAACAAGCAUUAGAAAAAGAAAAGGCUCUGCAAAUGAAGUUUGCUUUAGAAAAGGAGAAACGGGAACGAGAGAUGGCUUUGGCUAAAGAAAAAGAAGAGAGAAAGCGAGCUUUGGAACUUGAACAUCAAAGGGCUCUAGAGCGAGAGCAAGAGGAACAAGAACAGCGUAAGAGGGACGAGCAAGAAAGGGCUCAGGCUUUGGAGAGGGAGAGAUUAGAAAAAGAGCAGGCCCAGAAGGCUGAGAGGGAGAGGCUUGAGCGAGAGAAGGCGUUGACGCAAGAAAGGCUAGAGAGAGAGAGGCUGGAACAGGAAAGAAUUGAACGCGAAAAAGCUCUACAGCUUGAAAGGGAAAGAAUUGCGCUAGAAAAAGCUCUAGAAGAUGAGAAAAUUGAGCGAGAAAGAAUUGAGCAUGAAAAAGCUCUAGAGCAAGAAAUAAUUGAGCGAGAACGCAUCCAGCGUAACAAAGCUCUAGAACAAGAACGCAUUGAGCGAGAAAGAAUUGAACAGGAAAAAGCUCUAGAACAAGAACGCAUUGAGCAAGAAAGAAUUGAACAGGAAAAAGCUCUAGAACAAGCACGCAUUGAGCGAGAAAGAAUUGAACGGGAAAAAGCUCUAGAACAAGAACGCAUAGAGCGAGAAAGAAUUGAACGGGAAAAAGCUAUAGAGCGAGAAAGGAAAGAACGGGAGAAAGCUCUCGAACAAGAACGCAUAGAGCGAGAAAGGAAAGAACGGGAGAAAGCUCUUGAACAAGAACGCAUAGAGCGAGAAAGGAAAGAACGGGAAAAAGCUCUAGAACAAGAACGUAUAGAGCGAGAAAGGAGAGAACGGGAAAAAUCUCUAGAACAAGAACGCAUUGAGCGAGAAAGGAGAGAACGGGAAAAAGCUCUAGAACAAGAACGCAUAGAGCGAGAAAGGAGAGAACGGGAAAAAGCUCUAGAACAAGAACGCAUAGAGCGAGAAAGGGUUGAACGGGAAAAAACUCUAGAACAAGAACGCAUUGAGCGAGAAAAAGCUCUUGAAAAAGAACGCAUAGAGCGAGAAAGGAAGGAGCAAGAAAAAGCUCUAGAACAAGAACGCAUAGAGCGAGAAAGGAAGGAACGGGAAAAAGCUCUAGAACAAGAACGCAUAGAGCGAGAAAGGAAGGAACGGGAAAAAGCUCUAGAACAAGAACGCAUAGAGCGAGAAAGGAAGGAACGGGAAAAAGCUCUAGAACAAGAACGCAUAGAGCGAGAAGGGAAGGAACGGGAAAAAGCUCUAGAACAAGAACGCAUAGAGCGAGAAAGGAAGGAACAGGAAAAAGCUCUAGAACAAGAACGCAUAGAGCGAGAAAGGAAGGAACGGGAAAAAGCUCUAGAACAAGAACGCAUUGAGCGAGAAAGGAACGAACGGGAAAAAGCUCUAGAACAAGAACGCAUUGAGCGAGAAAAAGCUCAAGAAGAUGAGAGACUAGAGAGGGAGAGGAAAGAGCUCGGAGAUGAAAGGGAACGACUAAAAAAACUGAUCAAGUUCGCGGACGACACCACCCUCAUUGGACUCAUCUCCAACAACGAUGAGUCCGCCUACAGGAGGGAGGUGGACCGGCUGGUGUCCUGGUGCAGUGGUAACAACCUGGAGCUGAACGCCCAGAAGACAGUGGAGAUGAUUGUGGACUUCAGGAAGAGCACUGUCCCCCCGCCCCCACCCUCCGUGAUGGACUCCCCCAUCACCUCUGUGGAGUCCUUCCGUUUCCUGGGCACCACCAUCACCCAGGACCUCAAGUGGGAGCCGACCAUCAGCUCCCUCAUCAAGAAGGCCCAGCAGAGGAUGUACUUCCUGCGGCAGCUCAGGAAAGCCAAGCUGCCUGCACAGAUGUUGGUGCAGUUCUACACGGCCAUCAUCGAGUCCAUCCUCACCUCCUCCAUCACCGUGUGGUUCGCUGGAGCCACAGUCAGGGACAAACAGAGACUACAGCGCAUUGUGCGCUCUGCAGAGGAAGUGAUCGGCCGCAGCCUUCCAUCGCUGCAGGACCUGUCUAAAACGCGACUAUACUACCACGUAUAUGAUCCAAUCUACCCCGAGCAAGUCAAUGAAGAUUGA